AGGAGCUAUUAGCCAGUGCACUUUGGACAAAGUGAGCGUAGCAGCCUGCAGGGCUUAAAUGGGCACGCUUUGGCCCCAGACUCCAUACGGUGAAGAUGAAACUGGUCUGUGGACUGAUACUUCUCCUGGCACUCUGUAGCAAGGCCCACAGCAAUGAGGGAGCCCUGUGGGGACAGAGCAGUGAGAGGGAGGAUUUUAUGCUGCUCGCUGGUCCCCUGACCAAUGGCUUCACCAAGGACUCGAGCUGGUGGAGGACCAAUGGUCAGACCUUGUCGCCAAGAAGCUGUGGAGAGGAUUUGGAUGUCUUCAACUGUGAGCAUCCCCUUCCUCUUGAAAUUUCAGAGUAUUUCCAGUACCUGCAUUCCAGAGGUGUGACCCAUUUUAAAGUGCCUUUGGUCCAGGCGGCUCUCCUGCCUAGGAAGGACCCCGAGCAGGCCAGCCAGGAUGCCGUUCAGUGCUACCGAAUGCUGUUGCAGAGGCUGACUGCAGCAAACCUUACACCCCUGUUGGUGCUGAGCGAAACAGGGACGGCGGGCCAGGGCAACCACAAUGAAGCUGGAGGUUUCCAGCGCUUUGCCCAGUUCACCUUCUUCGUGUUUGGGGACUUUGCUGACACCUGGGUCACGUCAGGCUAUGCCGGGGGUUCUCAGGAUGACCUUAGCCGUCACUGGGCCGUGCAUCAAGCCUACCACAACCUCUACCCAGGUGGGCGCAUCGGCCUUGCUGUUAAUGCUGAAGCUGUUCCAGACCUCCUUCCCAGUGAUAUCACCACAAUGGUGGACACAGACUUCCUGUCUGUGCAGCUUAGCUUUGACUGCAGCUCACCGCAGAUUCUAGAUGGAGGACUAAGAUACCUUCAGAAGAUCAGCAAUCUCCCCAUUCUAAUCUACCAACUGGACAUCCAGAACUGUCCAUCAGAAAGAGGCCAAAACCUUAAGCCCCUUACUGGCAUUCUCCAAGCUCUGAAGAACUUGGACUUUCAGAUACUAGGCUGUGAUGUCGUUGAGCUCUUUGACCAGCUAAGUGUUGAUGAAAAGCCCAAAAGCCAAACAGGUGAAUUGGCUGAAACAAGAAGCACCGGCCUUUCUUCCUCCUACCAAAAAGUCUGGGAAAAGUUUGCCAACCAGACCCCAUCUGAGAGAGACGAGUAUCUGUUGGAGUCCUUUCCACAGGGGUUUCAGUGGGGCACCUCAAGUGAAGCCUUUAAGGUGGAGGGUGGCUGGACCGAGCACGGGAAAGGGGAGACCAUCUGGGACCGUUUCACACAUGAUGGACAUGCCUUUGGCAAUCAGACUGGAGACGUGGCCUGUGACAGCUACCACAAGGCAGAUUAUGACGCCUUUCUCCUAAGGGGACUCCUCGUCAACACCUACCAAUUCUCCAUCUCAUGGGCUCGCAUAUUUCCCUCCGGCCUCCGGGGGAGCCUGAGCGAGAAAGGGGCCCAGUAUUAUGACAGGCUGAUUGACACGCUAAUCCAGUCUGGGGUUCAGCCAGUAGUUACCCUGCACCACUGGGACCUGCCCCAGGAGUUGCAAGGUUAUGGAGGAUGGUUGAAUGCAUCCAUUAUCGAAGCCUUCAGAGAUUUUGCUGACUUCUGCUUCUCCAGAUAUGGAGAUCGUGUGAAGACCUGGAACACUUUCAGUAGUCCAUGGGUGGUGAGCUAUGCUGCAUACGGCACAGGAGAACAUCCCCCCAUGCUGAAAGACCCAGUCUCCGGCUCCUACAAGGUCACCCACUACAUGCUGAAAUCUCAUGCUGAGGCCUGGCACAUUUACAAUGAUAACUAUCGCCAGGACCAAGGAGGAAAGGUCGGCAUUGCCUUAAACUCUGACUGGGCAGAACCCCAGGACCCUACCAAGCCUGAGGACAUAGCUGCAUCGGAACUUUACUUGCAGUUCAUGCUCGGCUGGUUUGCCCACCCCAUCUUUGUGGAUGGUGAUUACCCACCGAAACUUAAGAGUCAGGUCGAGCAGAAGCAACAGGAGUGCCCCUUGACUGCCCCAGCCAUACUCCCCAUGUUUACUGAGACCGAGAAGGAGAGGAUCCGAGGGACAGCUGACUUCUUUGGGCUAAAUCAUUAUACCUCCCGGCUAGUCAAUGUGACACAGCAUGGCUGCAUCCCUGGUCCACAAGGUGUGGGGGACUUCCAGGAAUACGUGGACCCUGCCUGGCCUACCACCACAUCCAGCUGGAUCUAUUCCGUCCCCUGGGGGUUGCGUCGGGUGCUUAAUUUCAUAGCUGUAGAGUACACAUCCUCUAGCAAUAUACCCAUCUACAUCACUGGGAGUGGGAUGCCCACCCCAGCGAGUGGAGAGCUAUACAAUGAUACUGAGCGAGUGGCCUUUCUAAAGGGUUACAUUAAUGAAGCUUUGAAAGCUAUUCGACUAGAUGGAGUGGAUGUACAAGGCUUUACGGUGCAGUCACUAAUGGACGGCUUCGAGGGCCCACAUGGCUACAGUCAAAGGUUUGGCUUGCACUACGUUAACUUUGCCGAUCCCAACAGGCCAAGAACUCCGAAGGCAUCAGCCUACUUCUACUCCCAGAUCAUUGAAAGCCAUAGAUUUUCAGGCUUGACAGAGAAGAGUCCCAUAAUAAAUCAUACUCCCCAACUCCAAGAUGCGGGGCUAAGUAUCUUGCCACCAUCUGAGGUUCCUUCGAAAUCCAAGACUGUCUGGGAGAAUUUUUCUCGCCAAAGCAAGUUUCAGAGGAGUCUCUACCACUAUGGGUCUUUUCCUGAAGGAUUUCAGUGGGGUGUGUCAUCCUCAGCCUACCAAGUGGAAGGUGGCUGGGAUGCAGAUUGGAAAGGACCAAGUGUGUGGGACACAUUUACCCACAAGCCUGGCAGCAUCGUGAACAAUGGCAAUGGGGAUGUGGCAUGUGACAGCUACCACAAGGUGGAGGAAGACCUCUAUAUGCUGAGAGCUCUGAGGGUUAAGACCUACAGAUUCUCCUUGUCAUGGCCCAGGAUCUUUCCUGAUGGUACAAAGAAUUCUCUAAACCAAAAAGGUAUAGACUAUUACAACAGACUCAUUAAUAGUCUGCUUCUGUAUAAUAUAACUCCAAUGGUGACACUUCACCACUGGGACCUUCCUCAAGCAUUACAGGACAUCAAGGGCUGGGAUAAUGUCACAAUGAUUGACAUCUUCAAUGAGUACUGUGAUUUCUGCUUUGCCACCUUUGGAGACAGAGUGAAAUUCUGGAUGACCUUCAAUGAACCUUAUGUCAUUGCAUGGAUUGGGUAUGGACUUGGGAUGUUUCCCCCUAACAUCAAGGACCCAGGUUAUGCCCCAUACAGGAUCACUCACAACCUGAUAAAAGCACAUGCUAAAGCCUACCACACAUACGAUGAGAAGUACAGGAAAAUCCAGGGUGGCGUGGUAUCCAUCAGCCUCAAUGCUGAGUGGGUGGAGCCAAAAGACAUCAACAUAGCUCGGGAAGUGGAGGCUGCUGACCGUGCCCUACAGUUUCAACUAGGCUGGUUUGCGCAUCCUCUUUUUAAGAAUGGCGACUAUCCGGAUGCCAUGAAAUGGAUAGUGGGCAACAAGAGUGAGCUGCAGGGUUUGCCAAAGUCCCGGCUGCCUGCUUUCACAGAAGAAGAGAAGGCUUAUAUUCGGGGUACUGCUGAUGUGUUCUGCAUCAAUUCCUACACUACAGUAGUAGUCCACCAUGUAACUACCAGGCUCUCUCCACAAUCUUAUGAGUACGAUCAAGACUUAGGCAAAGCCGAUAUGAGUAACUCUCCUAGCACAGGCAUGAAAGAGUUGAGAGCUGUUGCUUGGGGUCUUAGGCGGCUCCUGAACUGGAUUAAGGAGGAGUACGGAAACCCAGAGAUUUUUAUAACAGAAAAUGGUGUGGCCACAAAUUCCAAGACUACUGUUGAUGACACAGAGAGGUUCUUCUUCUAUAAAACAUACAUCGACGAGGCCUUGAAAGCUCACGACCUGGAUGGGGUGAAUCUGAAAGGAUACACUGCAUGGUCUCUCCUGGACUCUUUUGAAUGGCUCAAUGGUUACAGCGUAGGUUUUGGUCUCCACCAUGUGGACUUUACUCACCCACAGCGGCCCAGAACUCCAAAGCGCUCAGCCCACUACUACUACGAUAUCGUGAGGAACAAUGGCUUCCCUGAAACUGAGGAAGAAGAGCUGCUGUACGGGUAUUUUGAUAAAGGCUUUGCCUGGAGCACAUCCACAGCAUCAUAUCAGAUCGAAGGGGGGUGGAGAGCCGAUGGCAAGGGCUUGAGCAUCUGGGACAAGUUUUCACACACGCCACUCAGAGUGGGAAAUGAUGAAAACGGGGAUAUUGCCUGCGACAGCUACAACAAGAUCAAAGAAGAUGUGGCUGCCCUCCAGAAGCUCCGAGUGACCCAUUACCGCUUCUCCAUAUCCUGGCCCAGAGUUCUUCCUGAUGGAACCACAAAGCACAUAAAUGAAGAUGGCUUGAAUUAUUACCACCGCUUAAUAGAUGCACUGUUAGCUGCCAACAUUCAGCCACAGGUCACACUGUACCACUGGGAUCUACCUCUGGCUCUGCAAGACCAGGGUGGCUGGGAGAAUGUUACCAUAGUUCAACGAUUCAAGGAGUAUGCUGAUGUCAUAUUCAGCGGCUUGGGAGACAAAGUCAAGUUCUGGAUCACCAUCAAUGAGCCGUAUAAUGUGGCAAAUAUUGGCCAUGGUUACGGCACAGCUGCCCCCGGGAUCAGCUUCAAACCAGGCACUCUGCCCUACAUCGUUGGUCACCACCUGCUCAAAGCCCACGCUGAGGCCUGGCACCUGUACAACAACAAGUAUCGAGCAACACAGGGUGGCAUUAUCUCCAUCACCAUCAACUCGGACUGGGCUGAGCCCCGCAACCCAGCCAAGCAGGAGGACGUCGAUGCAGCCUGGCGAGUUCUACAGUUUUAUAUCGGCUGGUUUGCUCACCCUGUGUUCAGAGGAGACUAUAAUGAUGUGAUGAAGACCAUCAUCAGAGAGAGGAGUUUGGCUGCUGGUCUUCCCACAUCUCGGCUUCCAGAAUUUACUCCCUAUGAAAUUGAGAGAAUCAAAGGCACCUAUGAUUACUUUGGAUUCAAUCACUACACCACCGUUCUGGCCUUCAAAGUGGACUACCACAAUCUGCAGCACUAUGAUGCAGACAGGGGAGCUGGGACAAUUGCAGAUAGAAGCUGGCUUGACUCAGGCUCUACCUGGCUGAAGGUGACCCCACCGGGUUUCCGGAAGAUUCUCAACUUCAUCAAGGAGGAGUAUGGAAAUCCUCCAAUUUAUAUCACUGAGAAUGGGAUCUCUGAGCGAGGACCAGUAGAUCUCAACGAUACCCACAGGAUAAAUUACUACAAGCAUUAUAUCAACCAGGCCCUGAAAGCAAAGCUUCUGGAUGGCGUUGAUAUCAAGGGCUUCACAGCCUGGACUCUGAUGGACAACUUGGAGUGGGCCACAGGUUUUGCAGAGCGGUUCGGACUCUUUUACGUGAACCGUUCAGACCCCACACUGCCCCGUGUGCCCAAGGCAUCUGCUGCCUACUACACCAGUAUCAUCUCCUGUAACGGCUUCCCUGAUCCAGCACAGGGGCCCCAUGAGUGUCUGUCUCCUGAGCCUGAAGAAACUACCACCGCCCCUGUGCCCACCACCGCCACCUCGGUGCCUGGGGACCAAGCUGUGAACUUCCUGGGCAGGGUGGUGUCACCCCCUGAUGCCGAGGUGGCACUUUACAUCCUCUUUGGCCUUUCCAUCGCUGGCGUCGUGGCACUGGCAUUGGUGGCAUAUCACUACCGGAAGAUGACAAGAAAAGCCCGGAAUGGCAAUUUGGAGAAUUUUACACUAGAGCAACGCUCAUGAUUUGGCAGUUUUUAUAAUGACUGGCGGAAAUGUUGUAAAUUGAGGCACUGCCUGAGGACAAAAAUCAUACUUUGAUUUGUUCUGAGAUCGUAAAAAAAAAAAGCAGAAAAAUAAUGAUGACAAUGAUCUGUCUGACCUUGUCCUCUCCAUUUACCCCCAUCUCUGACUGCAUCCCCUCCAUUUACCCCCAUCUCUGACCUUGUCUUCUCCAUUUACCCCCAUCUCUGACUGCAUCCCUUCCAUUUACCCGUCUCUCAUCCAGCGUCCACAGCUCACUAUUCUAUGUGGAUUAUGCAGAUUUUUAUGAUUUUUUUAUGAUGCACAAUAGAGGCAUUUUCGAUUUUUUCUGCUUGGAAUGACGCAUUAUAUAAAAAUAGGUUUUUUUGUCAAUUUCUCUUCUACAUCGAAUGAGACUUUCUUGUCCACUAGGUGGCAAGAUGAGCACACUCUCCACUUUAUUCUUGUUCAUGAUGGCCGGGUCUUGCCAAGGGCAAACAUUUUUUAAAGUCCAUGAGGUGUAACAUAAAGCAGGCCCUCUGCAGAGAUCAUUAACUAAGCACAGUAAGCUUAGGUACCACAAGGGUAUAACAGUACAGAAUUUGGACUGGAAAUGUUUCAGCUGCAAGGCUUCCAUUGCUGAAAUUCAAACUCAGAUUGUCCUAUUCAUUAUUCGAAUGCGUUAACUCAUUCUGGCUAUGGCACAAUCUUUGUAUUUCUACUGUCUAGUUGCCUGGAGCCUUGCUUUUAAAAGCAGCUCCCUGGACUUGCAACUUAAAUGAUUUAUAGGCAUGAAUAAUACAGGCUGUUUGACAUGGGGAUCUGAAGCCAUCAUCUAGAGAGGCAGCAUCCUACAGAGAGCCCAUGCGUCUCCAAGAGGGUACUUCCACCCCAUCACCAUAGUAACGCUCCUCCUGAUGGGAACUCACCUGCAGCUUCCAAAAAAGUUUGACAGUUUGUUUCACGCUGCUGUGGCAGGAGUUAUCAAUAAUAGAUUAGCUCGUAAUGUGUCAAGGGCCCAGUGCUGCCUGUUGUUCCUUCAUAACUCCAUAUAAAUGGCUGCAUGCCACACCCAAAGUAAAUAGAAACCCAUGUGAUGGUACUUUCCCCUGACAGGUGUUUUAAUGAAGCCAUCCUUGGUCCUACCACCCCACUCCCCCCACUAAUAUCCCACACUUAUACAAUCCAGAGGGGUUUUACACACAGCAGAAGCAGAAAUAACAGGGCAUUGCCUGGCCUGUGUCCACUUCAGAUUCCUGAGGGAUUUCACCAGAGCCCCACACCAAUCACCAAACCAGGUUUAACCAGCAGGUCAGGGUGCCUCCCCGGGUGCAAAUUAUAAGCAGAAGGAUCAGCCUGGCGUCCCAAAAGGAUUGUCAUGGGACACUGCUGUAACUGCACAGGGCUUCAUAUUGCACCAUUCAUCGUGGCUAUCUGAAGCCUGUCCAAUAUCACACUGUGAAAUCAGGGCCAGCUCGGAAAAGGGGUUUGAACUAGGGCUGGACGAUUUAUUGAUUUCAAAUCCAAAUUUGAAACAACGCGAUUAGCAAGUCGCAAAAAUCGCGAUUUAGGAUAUACAUUAUAC